AUGGGAGGAAAAGUAGUAGAAGAAACAAGACAGCUGGGUAAAGAAGAGAAAAUAGAAAAAAAUGAAGAUCAAGAAAUAACGCAAGAGGAAGUAGAACAAGUAAUAAAGAAGCUGAAAAAGAAAAAGGCGGCUGGAGAAGAUAAAAUCACAAAUGAAGCCUGGAUAUAUGGUGGAAAGGAAUUACAAGAGAACUUGCAAGGAAUACUAAAUAAAAUAUGGAAUGGAGAUGAAGAUCUGCCUGAGGAAUGGAAAAUGGGAAUAAUAAAACCAAUUUUCAAGAAAGGAGAUAGACAUAAACCGGAAAACUACAGAGGAAUAACUCUUAUGAACACAGGAUAUAAAAUUUACGCGGAAAUACUUAGGAAAAGAUUAGAAAAGGAAUUGGAAGACAAAAAAGCAUUAGGAGAGACGCAGAUGGGAUAUAGGAAAAAUAAAGGAACUAUUGACGCAAUAUACAUAGUUAAAACGGCCAUCGAAGAAGAAAUAAAGAAAGAAAAAGGUGAAAUUUUCCUCUUCUUUGCAGACAUGAAAGGAGCGUUCGAUAAGCUUAAAAGAGAUACGAUAUGGAAGACCUUAGAAGAGCUAAAUAUAGAAAACAAAUUAAAAGAGAGGAUAAGAGAAAUGUACGAGGAAACUUACUUUAAGAUAUAA